CACUGGUCUCUUACUUACGAACCAUCAAUAACAAGUCGUAUCGAGGAUUUCUUGAACUUAAUCGGCAUAUCAUAAUUUCUUCCAUAAGUUCUUCUUCGUUAAACUGGAACGAUCUCGAUAAUCUUUGGGCCGGUCGCUUCUUAUUUGAAGCUAGAAAUUUAUAUUUUACUCUUGACGAUAAGGUAAAUACAGAACGUUCACAACGUAAGAAAGACUUGCGAACGUUCCGGCAGGGGGUGAUCGAAGAAUGUGGAAGGGCUAAACGAAAACUUGAUAUCGAGAAGAACAAGACUAUUAGCAAGUUCAAGGAUGCUAUCAAGAAGAAUGCACGAAUUUUCUCUAACAUUGAUGCCAAAGACAUUAAGCUGUGGAAAGUGGAAAUACCGACAAUCGUGAUGAUCAGUUGA